CCCCGCCCCCCCCCCGCGCGGGGAACCCCGCGCUUUCGCUUUCGCUUCCCGCCCCCAUGGCCGCGCCGCAGGUAGAGGCCUUCCGCACCCAGCUCUGCGCCCAGGUCGAGGGGCUCCUGGCCGGCGGUUUCCCGGCCAAGGUGGCCGAGCUGCAGGCGCUGCUGCAGGACCCAGCCUUCGCCGUGGGGCCGGAGCAGCUGCGCUCGGAGCUGGACAUCCCCCUGCCCGACCCGGCCCAGAAGAAGAAGAAGAAGAAGGACGAUGACGAGGACGACACACCCCCCUGCGGCCCCCUGAGCCCCAACGCGGCGGUGCUGGGGCUGCUGCGCCGGAUGCGGCCGCUGGUGCAGGCGGCCCGCGAGCACCUGGCCCAGGUCUCGGCCUGGCUGCAGCUGCAGGUUCCCCGCAUCGAGGACGGCGACAACUUCGGGGUGGCCGUGCAGGAGAAGGUCUUCGAGCUCUUCACCGCCUCCCGCACCAAACUCGACGGCUUCCAGGGGCGACUGGCCAAGUACCUGCUGGAGCGAGGUGACGCCGUGGCCAAGGCAGCCAAGAACCCCCACGUGAUGGACUACCGGGAGCUGGUGCACGCGCUGGACCAGGCCGAGUUCGGGGAGCUGCUGCUGACGGCGGCGGAGCUGCGCGACCUCUACGCCGUGCUCCACGACGUCGUGGUGAAAAACAUGGAGAAGAUCCGGAAGCCCCGGGGCGAGGCCAAGGGCAUGAUCUACUGAGCAGGAAGUCCCGCCCCCUCCAGGCGGCACUUCCUGUCCCGCCCCCCGGCUCCAGGGGGCAGCACUUCCUGUCCCGACCCCUCCUGGAGGGGGAACUUCCUGUCCUGCCCUCCAGGGGGUGGCACUUCCUGUCCCGCCCCCUGUGGCAGGCGGCACUUCCUGUCCUGCCCUGUCACCUGGGGGCGGGACUUCCUGUCCCGCCCCCUCUGGCAGGCAGCAUUUCCUGUCCUGCCCUGUCACCUGGGGGCGGGACUUCCUGUUUCGGGCCUUGGUUUUUAGCCAGAUUCGUCAGUUUUAAUUAAAAGGAGGAAACAGCCGAGCUCA